UCGGACGUAGUGUGGCAACUUUUCGAAUAAAAGCGUAAAGACAAACAAAAAAAGUAUACAUUAUCACAGUUUAAGUACAAAAAAUAAGAACAUACAAAACAAAAAAAAAAAGAUAAAUAAACCUCCCACGUUAUCUCAAAAAUUGCGCUGUCUUGAGAUUGAAACAUUCAAACCAGAAACACAAGAACCAUUCGACAUUCGAGUGUUAAACAUCUAAAUUCAUUUGUAUCUGGCACUCGCAUACGCAUUCGCACUCGCAUCAGUCAGCCAAGUUAAUUAACUUUGCGUUGGAGCAACAGAUACUCGUACUUAAAUUGAGUUCGAUUUUAUAAGUAGUGCCUCUGAGCAACUUUAAACUUCCGCGGUUUUAUAUUUCGUCUUUUUUUAAUUUUUUUUUUAAUUUACAAAGCUAUCAAUUUGUGUUUUUCUUUUUGCACUCAACAAGUUUAAUUCGCAAUCUAACUUAAGUCUUAUUAGAAAGAUACAAACUUGUAAAGAAGAAAAAAAAAAAAAGAUACAAAACUAGUUCUUGGAUUUCCUCCACAUAAAAAUUAUUUGUGUGCUUCGUGUAUCUUUCUUAAAGCUAAAAUAUUUAGUUUAUUUUUUUUGUAAUUUUAUUUGUGGUUUUCCUUUUUUUCCUUUCGGCGACGCGCCGGUGGUGACUCUUUGAGUCUUGAGCUCUAUUAGUGCGGCAAAAUUUGUUGAGUGUAUUGCAACAUAGUAAUUAUAUUCUUAAUUUUGAUUGUGAAGAAGUAAUUCAAAAUGAUUGAAACAGAAAUUAUAGAAUCCCGACAAAUCGGAUCCCGUUUAUACAAUGUCCUUGUGGAUCUGUUCGAAUUCACAGUUCUAUUGGUCCGAGUUCUUCUCGAAGUGUUCAUUACUGGUGUGCAACACUUUACCCGAAAAGAACCAAAAGAUGUGAGUGGAGAAAUCAUUGUGAUUACAGGAACUGGACAUGGCAUCGGUCGAGAACUGGCAUUGCAAUACACUGAUCUAGGUGCAACAGUGGUCUGUGUGGACAUCAAUGAGAGUGGCAAUCAACAGACAGUGUCCGAUUGCAAUCGUUUGCAACGAGGAACCGCCCAAGCAUACACAUGUGAUGUGUCGAAUCGAGAAAAGGUCCUUGAACUGGCUACUAAAAUUAAAGUCCAAGUUGGCCCUGUAACAAUGUUGGUUAACAAUGCCGGUAUAAUGCCCACACGUCCCCUAGACAAGCAAACACCUGAAGAGAUUCACAAAACCUUCAACAUCAAUGUGCUAUCACAUUUCUGGACUCUCGAAGCCUUCCUUCCCCACAUGCGAGAACAAAAUCGUGGACACAUUGUGUGUAUCUCAUCGAUUGCUGGAGUGAUUGGACUUUCAAAUUUGGUGCCAUACUGUGCAUCGAAAUUCGCCGUUCGUGGUUUAAUGGAGUCACUUCAGGAGGAGAUCCGAGAAGGACCACACAAGAAUUUGAUUAAAACCACAACGAUAUAUCCGUACAUGACCAAUACGGGAUUGUGCAAGAAUCCCAAAGUGAAGUUUCCAAAAAUCCUGGGCUUGUUGGAUCCUAAGCAAGUUGCUAGUGCAAUUGUUGAGGCACAAAGAACUGAUGUGGCCGAAGCGACAAUUCCACGUGGAUUGUUGUAUUUGAAUAAUGUUUGCCGGAAUUUGCCAAGGAGUUGUGCUGAGCUGCUUAAAGAUUACGUUGACAGUGGUGUAUAUUCUGAUUGAUAAGGAUCUUCGUAGUAUUGUUUUGUAUUUUAACCUUGUUAAUUUGAUUUGAUUGUGUAAGUGAUAGGUUUUAGGGAACUAUAGAUGCUUAAGUAAAUCUUAAGUUUAACUUAGUUACGUUUUUAGAGUUUUAAGCUGAUAAAAUGUUUUUACAAGAAAAUAGACUUAUUAUAUAAUAAAUA